AUGAAAAGAGGACAAGAAAGAGCUGUGCUGAAGCUGUUUUUGUUGACAAUAAUCCUCCAGCUGUCAAGUUUCGAGGUCGUCAAUCAAACAGAUGUUAAGGAAUUUAUCAUAGAGAGAAGAGGUGGUGGAUGUUCAGACUAUAUACGUUUUAAUCGUUGGUCACCAAACAAUCUGUUGUCUAAAGUGGUAAAUCUUUCAGUGGCAAACUCAGAGAAAUUUGAUUCCUCAUCUAGAGAUAACUGCUCUGUGAUCAGUGGGCACUUCUUUGAUUACAAUGGCUUCCACAGUGAAUGGAAAAGUAUACAUGACCAGAUAUUUGGUUUUCACCAAUUGAAGCUUCAGUGGAAAGCAGACAAGAAUGGCACACUCUCUGGCAGGAUCAUCCGUCUUAAUGUUACUUGCUAUAAUACCAGAAGUUCACAUCCCAGGUCACCAUUCACACGUUGCAUGCUUUUCAAGGCAUUAGGGACUGUGACAUAUUAUGCCCCAUCAAAGACAAGUUCAGUACAUACUGUUCCAACUGCUUCGAGUUCUCACACUCCAUCAUCAUCAUAUUUGUCUUCACCAUCUCUUCAAUUACCACAAUCAACACAAACAUCCUCAUUGUCACCAAUGCCACAAUCAUCAUCAUUGUCACCAAUGCCACAAUCAUCAUCGUCACCAUCACCUUCUCCUUCAUUGGGUGCUACCACACAAAGUACCGCAACUCACACAGGCAAAUUUUCAUCAUUUGUAUCAACACACAUUGAAACCAGGUCACUUCAAACAAUGCUGGCCUUACAUUCAUCUGGACCAAUUCUGCUGUCAACAUCAACAGCUGAACUGGAAAGCUCCUUGCCAGUCAAUUCAGGAGAAAUUUCUAAUCAAGUAGUAAAUACUGGGAUUCCAAAAUCUUCGGUUAGCACAGGGGAACCAAAUUAUAGUGAACCAUCAGAGUUACCAACCACUGAGUCAAGUCUUCCUACCAGGGAUGUUCCAGGAGACAAAGAGGCAAGGAAAGGGGGAAAAGACAAAGGAGUAGCAAUUGGUGCAGGAGUUGGUGGUGCUGUUAUUUUUGGGAUUAUUGUCAUAGGGUUGAUCAUUGUAUUUUGCAAGAGAAGAAGGUUACGGGAAAGUACAGAAAAGAUAGAAGAACUACAUGUAGGAGUUAAGAACCCAGUGUACGAGAAACCUCAAGAUGACAUACAAAUGGAAAGACAUGGAGAGAAAGCCACAACUUUUAGUGGAAAAGACAGUCAACCAACUUACAUGGAACUUGUUGACAACAGAGGACAUGAAAGUUAUGGAGCUGUGUACAGUACUGCCGAUGAAAAUUAUGACAAUUCAUCUGUUUAUCAAAGUCUGGACAAGAAUACACCUGCAGCACCACCAGUUUACCAGAGUUUACAGAACAACCAGCCUUCCACUAAGAAACCUAUGCCUAAACAGAAAAUAAGCAAUGCAGAAAAACCUGGAAAACCCAGUGUACCCUCAGACCCUGUGUACAAUGUCCUUGAGGAGUCUCACACCAAACAAGAAAAUACAUCAGAGGCAAUAUAUAAUGUACUGGAAGGGCCAGAUCCUGGACAUGAUACUUCAGGGAACAUUCAGGACCCUGUUUACAAUGUGCUGGAUGGGCCUGAUGCAGGACAGACAUAUGAGGCCCCAGAUGUUGGUGUUCAACAGGAUCCACUGUAUAAUGUGCUUGAGGUGCCUGAAUCCAAACAAGAACAUCAGGAGCCGCUUUAUAAUGUGCUUGAAAGUGCAGAUACUGAAAAUGCCCCUUCCAGACAGCAUGGCCCCUCUGAUGGUGCAACCAGUGAGCCCCUGUAUAAUGUUCUUGAUGGGGCAGAUUCAAGUGGAGCAAAUUCAAGUGAUGCAGAAUAUGCUGCUCCCAACAGAUCCCUGUCUGCUGAUGGUCAUGACAACCCAGCCUAUGAGCAGAACCUUGAAUUUGGUGUACCACAUGCAUCGGUGCACAGCCCUGGGUCAGAGAGAGAAUCUUUGUAUGAACCCCUGAAAGAGUCAGAUAGGCAAGAUGUGUAUGAGCCCCUUCGCAAAAAAGGGAAAUGAGUUGUACCAAGGACAUGGACCUUGAGUUGAAUACAAAGUUAACAGAAGUUGGUUGCUAUUUAGGGGCCUAGGAGCUCUCCAUGGAAAUUAAAGUCAAUAUUGACUCUCAAUUGUCAUUAUUUUAGCCAUUAAAUCAACUGAGGCAAUUGGAGUAGGAAUAAAACUCAAUUCUCUACA